AUGUUGGAAAAGUCCUCGUCCGAGCUAAACAGGCGCCGGAAGAAGAGGACCAGCAUCGAAGGAAAUAUUCGUAACGUGCUCGAAGAUACGUUUCAGAGCAACCCCAGACCCGUACCGGUCGUGAUGGAAGCGCUCGCCGAGAACCUGAACUUGGACCGUGAGGUUGUCAGAGUAUGGUUUUGUAAUCGUCGCCAGAAGGCUAAGAGGCAGUGUCCACUGUCGGCUGCCUACUACCCGGGUGAUGACGAAGUUUCGAACAGCUGCGGCUUUCUGUUGUACACAAAUCAUUCACGUUUGCCAGUCAAGUCGAACUGCUCAAUUUCGGACGAAGAGUGUAGUCAGGGUUCUGCUGCAGACCGAGGCUGCCGCUCAUUGGAAAGCGACGCGGGCGAACGGUUCAAGUUGGAAACUCGGGUAGAGUAG